AUGCGCUACGGCGACGCCCUCGGCCCCUCGUCUAUGAUCGACAUUGAGCGCCACGGCGCAAUUCGUCUCGGCACCGCCCGCGAGCUACACACCGUCAGACGCAUCUUGGCCAUCAUCGGCCUCUACCCCGUCGGCUACUACGACCUCACGCCCGCCCGACUCCCCCAUGCACGCCGCCUGUUUCCGACCAAAAACAAGAGAAUCACUCUCCAAAGACUCCUUCAGAGUAUUCAUCUCAGUCCUCCGGCCAGAGCUCAUCAAGGACGCCGCCGUCGAGACCCUCGCCCUGGACCCCCUUUCCAGUUCACCCCAGAAUUCACGGCCAUCCUCGACAGGACGGAUUCGCAAAACGGCCGUCUCACACCCGCCCAGAGCACGCGCUUCGUCGCCGCCGCCUCCCUCCAUGACUACACGUCGCUCAAGGCGGCGCACUCCAUCCUCGCCGAUGUGGCGUGUUUUCCAUCUGCCCAUGUAAGCCACCUGACGCCCCCAGACGUUGGCCAUUGUUCCCGCCCAGGAGGCCAUGAGACGGGAGGGUCUGGAGGUCAAGGCCAGUAUCGAGGACGCGCCCCCCCCCCAGCCCCACGAGGAGAAAAUGCCCCAUCUUGA